AAAAUACAAUAUAGAAGUUCUGGUGCGAACUGGAGAUAUGCUGAAAGAAGUUAAGGCUAUAGUUGUAAUGCUGGUACUCCAGUUUAUUUUCGCAGGAAUGUACAUUUUGUUUAAGCUAACGGUCGAUGAUGGUACAAAUCUCAAAGUCCUUGUGGCUUAUCGUCUCUCCUUCGCCACCAUUUCCAUGCUUCCCCUAGCCCUCAUCUUCCAAAGGGACAGGCGGCCAGAGUUUACAUGGAGACUGCUCUUUCUAGCAUUUCUUUCGGGGAUGCUCGGAGCGGCGAUACCAAAUAUUCUCUAUUUGCCGGGUCUCGCUCUGACAUCAGCAACCUUUGCGACUGCGGCCAGUAUCCUUGGUCCGUUGAUCACCUUGGUAUUGUCAGUGGCUUUUAGGAUAGAGACUCUACGGCUGGGAACGAACGAAGGGAGGGCUAAGCUUGUGGGGACGUUACUUGGUGCUGGUGGAGCUCUAGUAUUUGUAUUCUAUAAAGGUGUUGAGAUUCAUAUCUGGUCAACACACGGUGACUUACUUAAAAACUCGAACGCUGGUCAAUCUUCUGGCCGAGACCCUGAGAAUCACCACAUCUCAAUUCCAGGAGUUCUCAUGGUUUUUGGAUGUAACGUUUCCUUCUCACUUUGGUUAAUAUUGCAGGCAAAAAUAGGCGAUCAACUUGGAGGAAGCUAUUGGAACGUAAGUCUUAUGAAUGCGAUGGGAAGCUUGGUGUGCAUCAUUGUUGCUCUCUGUUCGGAACGUAACUGGAAGCAAUGGCGAUUAGGAUGGAACAUUAGCCUCCUUGCUACAGUUUAUUCGGGAGUCGUAGUUUCAGGAAUGGUCAUACCUCUUGUUGCGUGGUGCGUUAAAACAAAAGGACCGUUAUAUGUUACGAUGUUUACCCCUAUAAGGCUUGUGAUCGUAGCCCUCGCCGGAUCAUUUGCUUUAGAGGAAACGCUUCAUUUGGGAAGUAUAAUUGGUGCAAUGAUAAUGGUGGGAGGUGUAUACCUAGUGAUAUGGUGUAAAAUGAAGGAAGCGAAGAGUGCCCCGACGACAGCGGACCACGUUGAAACAAACAAGAAUAUCAAAGAAGUGAACCUUGCCAAUCUCCCAGCAGUAAAUAAUAGAGAUGUCCCGUGAACCAACCAUAUAGUUGCAUCAUCAAAUAAAGUUCGUAGAAAUGGAAUAUAUAUGGACUACUAGAUGGAGAAUCUGGACAAUGUCUGAGAUUUUUUCACACUGAAUUCAAUAUUAAAACAUGCACUAUCUACAGUUUGCUAC